AUGCUUAAAAAGCCAGAAGAGAUUCGCACCACAUCGCAGCUUAGAAGCUCCAAUGUUAGAGGCUUAAAAUCAGCAAUGCUUGAAGGCCAUCCUGAAAUGGAGCCAUACAUUGAUCUUCUUUUCCCUAACUCUCAAUCCCAAUUAUAAACAAAUAAAAACUAUAAAUUCUUAAUGACGAACGAAAUUUUUUAAUUUUAAUAUCAAUUUCAAAAAUAGUAAACACUUCGGUAAAAUCGACAUUGUCAAAAAGUGCACAAUCACUAGACUUCUACCCGGCUUAAAGCACUUUUAAUAUUGGAGAAUAAACAAUUUGAUAUAAUUAUUUGUUUAUUUAUUAGCUUAAAACUAUAAAAAAUUUUACCAAAAAAUCUAAUUUAAUUGAGAGAUUAAGCAGCAUUCAGUAAUCGAAGCAAAAUUGAAAGCACCUCACAAUAAUUUAUCAUUCACAUACGUAGAGAAAACAAUUAUAUCCAUACACUGUGAAGAUAUCAUGUUUCCUCAUUUGAAACUUUUACACAAAUUUCCUUUUAUGCUAAAGAAAAUGCAAGUUGAUAAAGGGGCAAUCCGAUUUGUUAUCGGUGGUGCUAAUGUUAUGGCUCCUGGACUGGUUUCUGCAGGGGGAGCAAUAGAAGAAGCUAAACAAGGAGAAAUCGUAGCAAUAAUGGCUGAGGGGAAAACCCAUGCUCUUGCAAUAGGAAGGAUGAUGAAAAGUACAGAAGAAAUUAGAAGCAACCCAACUGGGGCUGCAAUAGAAAACUUACAUUAUUUGAAUGACGGGUUUUGGAAGAUGGAAUUGCCAAGCUAA